CUUAAUCAGCCAAAGCACGUUAGAAGUUGAAAUGAGCUGAACGUUCCCUCAGAGCAACGCGUCUCCAGCAGCAGUGAAACAAUCACAGGGACUCUGCUGCAUCACGUCCACCGACCUGGAAGGUUCCUCUCAUUUGCAGCCAGCGUCUUUCUGGCUGGUUCUGCUGGAGACGCCAACAGUUUGAUCUUAUUGGUCAGCAGCGGCUCUGUGUCGCCUAUAAAACGCACGACUGGAGCUCCGGAGCGGAGACGGUGUGAGGGCGCAGAGCGCAGCGCGCAGCGAGGAGGAGACACCUGUUACCGGCGGAACGGAGGGCGACGGGAGCAGAGCACCACUUCUGUACAGCUACGCACCUGACUGCACCUCCUCCACGCUUCCCACUGCCUGGUGGGACCAUGUGGGUUCUGGAUAAGAUCCGCGGGUCGGUGGAGACCAGCGUGCUGCGACAGGGAGACAACGGAGACAAGAAAGGCAACGCAGCGCCCUACAGCAACGUCCUCACUCCUGACAAGAUCCCGGACUUCUUCAUUCCUCCGAAGCUGGUGAGCUGCCCUCCAGAACCCGAGAUCCCCAACGUGAAGCCCAAAGAGGGGCUGCAGCCGUCCACCUCCGAGCAGACCAUCGGCGGCGGGAGGAAGAUCAGCAGCCCGAGGAGCCCACGUCUGGUGGCCAAGCUCGCAGGAGACACUAAGAACUUGCUGAGGGCUGCAAACCGCCACAUCAUUCAGAUAGAAAGCGCUGACGAUGUUGUGGCUGGAGACACCAACGCAGACCCCCAGUCGCAGACCGCCAUGUCGCUGCCGUACGUCCCCAAGACCCAGACGUCGUACGGCUUCGCCACCUUGAAGGAAAGCCCCCACACUCGCCGUAAAGAGUCGCUGUUCCACUGCGAGCUCACCAGCCCCAUCACCUCCCCGAACGCUCAGAGGAAGACUGGCGGCAAAAGCAGCGACGCAGGAAACCACCUGAACCCGGCCGACUUCAACACCUCCCACAUGAACCCGUAUCGAUACUUCAGCGGUGGAGAAAGCGACACCUGCUCGUCGGCCGAGUCGUCUCCCUUCAGCUCCCCUCUGCUGUCUCGAUCUGCGUCCCUGCUCAAGAUCUUCACUCAUGAGACGCAGGCCAAAGUGGUGAAAGCCAAGCGGACGUUCGCCCGCCACAGCUCGCUGUCCACCGACGAGUGCAGCUCGGCCGAACCCAGCCCCAACGUCCAGCGGCGGCUCCACGUCCCGUCCCUCCACGGCGGCGCCGGAGCCUCCGACCAUGGCCUCCAUCGGGAGCACACCAUCAACCUGCACAAGGGAGGGACGGUGCGGAUCAGCGCCAACUACGACUCCGGCACCUCCCGCCUCCUCAUCCGUGUCCUGGCGGCGGAAAGUCUGUACGACAAGCACUGUGACAUCAAGAGCAUCAACUGCUGCGUGUCCGUCUACCUGAACCCCGGCAAGCUGCAGAAGCAGCGCAGCAACAUCAUCAAGAACAGCCGCAACCCGGUCUUCAACGAGGACUUCUUCUUUGACUCGAUAAGCUCGAUUCAGGUGAAGAAACUCUCGGUGAAGUUCAAGGUGGUGAACAAAGGCACCAGCCUCAAGAGGGACACUCUGCUGGGGGAGCGAGAGGUGCCCCUGACCAAGCUGCUGUCGGGGCUUUAAAGUCGGAGGAGCUGGAGGCAACAACCGAGGAUCAGACUGAACUAAAAUCACAUGUUUGCACUGGUUUCUAUACAAUUAGUCCUGUGAGUCGCCAAAAUCAGCGAAUAAAAAGACGAAGAUGGAGGAAAUUAGGAGUUUCCACGAAAUAAACCAAUUCUCUGAAGGAAAAAUUAACAAAGCUCAGAAACUGAAUCUCCUGACGGACGGAUGAAGGCUUUAGGUGGUCAGUAAUGACAGCUCAUUAAACCAAGCUGGGCUCAGCAGCAGCAGAUGAAAGGUUUUCUUUCUGGACGCGUCUCCCUGCCAACCUCCUCAGCCAGGUCCGGUUCAAAGGUGGGGCGACACCUGUGCACCAGCCCGUCUCCGAGUCCCCGCAUGCACCGCCACGUGCCGCCGUUUUAUUGUUGUAAUGCAGCAGCAGCAGCAGAACCGGGCUGUGAUUCUGCAUCAGCUGCACCGUGUCGGCCUCAGAGAUGCUUUUGUGAAUUAGCUUUGAAGUGGCACUACAUCCUGAUGUGCAAAUGACCCUUUGAUCCCAGUCGCCACGCUCCGCCUCCUGCAGAGGGACGGCGCAUCAGAAACACAAUUAGAAUAUGAUUGAUCAAGGCUGUGACUGCCAUCAUCUGAGCCACAGCCCAUAUAUGUACUGCAAAAACUAAAAGUCCUGCCUGUGGUUUUGUGCUUGAAGUUGCCCUGUGGAGUUUAUUUGCAAAGCAACUAAUAUAUUGUUAUUAUUUUAAAUCCACUUUGUUAAUCACUCAAGUCGAACAACCUUCUUCAUCAAAGUCUCCUGUUUAGUUUGUUGUUAGAAAUGUGAAUUUGGCUGCACAUCACAAACUAAACAUGACGUAAACGUUGCUCCACAGCACUCCUAGUGGUCAGAACAUCCACAGGGCAGCUUUAAGUUUAAUUUUUCUUCCAGCAGAAUUUUAAAAACUGUACAGCUGAACUUUUUUCGUACAAAUCAAGUUUUUUUUUCAGUUUUUCGUUGGUGUUGUUUGCAGUUCAACACGCGUUUCUCGGAUGAUCUUUAAAUGAAAGCGUUCCCGCAAACAGAUGUUCUUACUGCACGUGCAGACUUCGUCACUGAAAACGCCUCCAGAACUCAAUUAUAACCAGAAACUUGAUGAGAUUUUAUGCAGAGCGAGGUACAUUUCGGAGUUUAAUAUCUUUAAUAGCCUCCGGUUACGUCUCUAAUGGGAUGAAACCCGGCUCAUAGUUAAUGAAUGUGGAGCAGCGAGGGUUUAGGAUUUUGCUGUAUAGACGGGAACCUUCGUCUGUUCAUUCGUUUGACGUACGCGUUCAUUCUGAUGAACUCUGUUGGAGGAAAUCUGUUGGACUCACUGCAGCCUCUUGACGUGUGCGAUUAAAUCUCGUCGCACUGGUUUUCUGAGCAGAUUCUUUCCAACAACAAUGCGUCGCAGGUGGUUACACAACAUUUGAAAUUCCUUCCCACUCGGCUUCACUCAGAGCCGCUUGUUGCAAAACCAUAAUCUGGUCAGAUCAGUUUCAAAAUGUUCAGUUAAAACGAUGAAUGCUUCUCCUUUUUUUUUUUUUUAACCUGGAUUAUCUCAUUUUAAAGAAGUGAGCUGUGCACCCACUGCUGCUCUGUUUGGUUUGUCAGCAGCAGGAUGGAGAAAAAUGUGAUUUAAAGUUCUUUUUUUUUUCAUGUAAACACGAUUUUAUGGUAAAUUUAUGCAACCAGGCGUUUGCCUUCGUCACUAUUGGGGGUUUUUCCAUCUAAAAAUCAUCGAGAACCUUCUGCUCAAGCGUCUCUGAUUUGCUUGAAACUUGUUUUUUAAUCACCAACUAUGGAAAUUUUAAAUGAUAUUUGUGAAAUUUAAGCUUAAUGCAUCAAAAACUGUCUGAGAAAAUUGUUUAGAACAAUUGCCCAACAUGCAGUUUGAUUCUUCACCCAUUAAAAUUCAAGCUUCUGUUUAAAGCUGAUUGAGCAGCGAUGACAAGCUGCACCACAGAAGUUCUCGAGUUUCCCAAAAAUAUGUGAUGUGUGAAGCUAAAACUACACAAAUAUCUUCAUGAAUGUUCAUCUGUUACGCUGUAACACGUUCAGAUCGAUCAGAGAUGGUCGAGCAGAAGUCUGGUGGUCUGAGAUGGACCGACCCGGUCGGUAAACUAUCGUGUGCAUGUAACUGUGGUGUUGGUCUGUGUGAGCAGAUGAACUGGUGUCAGCGUUAGAACCAGCUGCAUGACCCGAACGGGACACUGGUGUUUGCAUGACACGCUCAAAGUUUUAAUGAAACCCUGAAGCCUUACUGUGAGUGUGUGUGUGUGAGAUACAGAGUGUGUGUGUUCUGAUUGGCAUGACUUUGUUCAUUUUCUAUGUCGUAUUUUGUAAAAUCUUGCAUUUGAAUGGUUUGAAGUGACUGUACAUAAACAGCACAUGUGGUAGUUUCUUCAUUCAGCCAAUUAUGCACCAGCGCAUGAGAGGUGCUGAUGAGAGAGGAUCAUGUUUAACGAAGCCCAGGAGGAGGAGGAGGAGGAGGCACAAAUGUCAAGAAACGAGGCGACGAGGAAAACAAUGUCGUGAGCUUUAACGCUCUCCUCCGCUGUGGUGAGGAAUUAGGAGAAAUUACAGCCCGGAGCGCCGGAGAGAGGAGAUCGACUUCAGACGGGAAACAAGUCGGGGAGAUGAGAGCGAUGCAAAUUACUGGGGUUUUUCUUACACGCUGUGCCAAAGGAUUAAACUCUCACCUGGUGUUUGUAGCUCACCUGUAGCACCGCUGCUCUGUACACGUUAUCCACGGUGACGCUGCUGCUGCUGCUGCUUGGUCUGUUUUCGGUGAUCCCUGUUCAAACAGACAGUGCCUGCUCGUCGUAUAUUUUAUUCACACUCCCUGAGCCGUGCUCGGCCCUGUUGUUAGCCAAUCGUUCUUCUCGCAUGGUGAAAAUGUUCCAGUGGUGUCAGUGACUCGGUUUAAGUGGGUUCUUUUGUACAGUUUGUGAUUCCAGGUGAGCGAUUUGCAGCAAACGUUUCUCUGGGAGAUGUGUUGUGAAGACUGUUUGGUUGCAUCCUGAUGUUAUAGCUGUUCACUUUUUGCAGUUCAAUUGCAGGUUAAAGAAAGUAAAGCGACACAGAUAUGGUUGUUCUCUGUGGCCUCAUCAGCGGGUCAUCGUCUGCAAACGGUUGAAUAUGAGGGAAGUUAGUAGAAAAUCUCCUACAGCUGAAAGAAAUCAUCUGAGUUUAAAAGUUUUUCUUGAACUUCCUGCUUUUUAACAAGCUCACCAAAACCCACAGACAGAUAUCUAAUAAGGUCACGGCCGGUUUGUUCUCGCUGAACGGUUUCGUUUUGGGCUAAAGGUUGCUUCGCUUUUUGCUUCAGGAACAAAAAGGAUUUAUUGAAUUGGGUUUAUUAUUUGUUUGUGUCAUUCCUUAUGAAAUCAACCAAAUCUUCAAAGGUUACCGCUCGACCUCCUCAGAAUCAGCAGAUUAUGACUUUAGUGUAUUUAAUGAAGCCCUGCAAGAUUUUACCUCCAUACUAUGAAUAUGUUCCAAGCUACAGGCCCUCAGAGACGGGCUGAACAUGGAGGGACUCGUGGGUCAAAGAUGGCACCAAAUGUUGGUAAAAAUAACGUCUUUCAUGUCAACCAUCAUCACACAUGCAGGUCGGAGCUCUAAAAGUUCACCCAAAAUACACUUUUUAAAAAAAGUUUACUCCAGUGAAUUCUCAGAAAACCCAUCCAGGGUACGGAUGCGUUUUGAUGCUGCCUCAGACGUUACAGCUGCUGGUUUGCUGUUGAAGCUAAAGUACAUCUCGUGAUAUUGAAGCUCAAAGUUAGUUUCAGAUAAAACAAAUGGUUUUGGCUUCAGAUUGUGACACCUGGAGUGGAUGUGGAACUGAUUUACAGGUUUUAUCAAAUGUGUUUUUCAGUCUUAAAAUCCAUGUCUAUCUGCGGUGAUGUGAAGUUUUAAGAGUUUAGAAAUAAUAAAGAAAUUAGAGCCAAAUUUCAACCCACACCUGUGACUUUAGGAGCCUGUAACUCUGAAUGAAGGUAAAAUGGUUUUCCAUAGUUUCAUUAAAUACACUGGAGCUACUGUAUGUUUAAAACCCAGCUGAUUCUGACGAGGUUUUCAUGGAAUGAUUGUUCGUUAUUGUGGUGGAUUUUGAGCCAAGCUGGAUAUUUAACACAUCUUUGUGUUAAAUACAAGAUACUGGAGAAUUGUUAGAGGUGAUGACUCCACAUAAUACCAAUUAUUAUAUUGUUUUUAAUGAUCAAAAAAAGACAAAAAACAUCCAACUACAGCUGCAAAAUUACAGUCAGUCACCUUGUAAAGAGGCUGAUGGUCUCCAAGCUGACAGAAGGAGUUAAAUCUGAGUGACAGCGUUGGAUUGAAUUAUGCAUGUAGAGUUUAUCGUCUGUACAGUCGACGUUCAGGAGUUUUUACAGCAGCAUCGAUUCAAAAGGACGUCAGGAGUUCAGUUAUUCGUUUUAUUGGAAUAGUUCAACAUUUACAGGAGUUAUGUGCAACCGGUGCAGUGAGUUUUACGUCCUAAACUGUCAGACUGCUCCUUUAGAUUGUGUUUGGACAUCAUGCCGUAACUCUUGGACACGUUUAUUUUUAACCUGUUGUUGGUGUUUGACACAAUAAAAGUGAGGCGGACUGAAGCUGUGAGCUGCUUUGAACGUUAACCUUUAUUUGAUCUAUAGACGAAUUACCAGAAUUAACUUACCAGAAUUAACUUUGCCAUUAUCCAGCCUGCUGCCGUGGUGGAAAUCAAUCUGUAUAUUUCUGCACUCGAUCGCUGUUUAAUUAGAUCCAGAGCACAGAGGCUUGACUGAUAGCGUUUGAAGUGAGACGUGAAGAAAAACGUCGAUAGCUGCGCGUGCGACAGAAGCAGCCUGUUGGAUGUCGUGUUUUAUUGACUUUUACUUUAUUCACUUUCCAUUUGUUAAGAGCUGUUCUUCUUUUUUUAAUUAUACUGUAUAUAUGCUGGUGUCUCUCAAGUCUUCCUGUCUUGACAGGUUCACUCUGAAAAAUGAAGCUGAAAAGUGCCGGUCCGUUACUUGACACUGAAUUCUUUGGUUUCUGUCCAGACGUAGACGAACAGUGAAGUGCAGUUGCUGUUCUUGUUGUGUUUCUGAACUGUGCCGGUAGACACUUUUAUACUGUGAUGCUGCCACCUCUGGUUUCUGUGUAAAUCUGUGUGGAAAAAAAAAACUUUAAUUAAAAGUGAAAUU